AUGGAGGGUAUCUCGACAGAUUUGGGGAAGACAUUUGUAGAGAAAUUGAUAAACGGUGUAAUAGGAAAAUCACGUUAUCUAUUUUGCUACAAGUGCAUUGCCAACGAAUUUGAAUUAGAGAAGGAAAAAUUGGAAGCAGAAUGGGAAACUAUGACACUGCGUUUUACAAAGGCAAAGGAAAAAGGUAAAGAUAUUCAAUCUAAUGCUCAAUUUUGGGAAAAGCAAGCUAAUAAGCUCAUUCAAGAGAACACUAAGUUAAAACAAAGAUGUUUUUUUGGAUUUUGCCCUGAUUGCAUAUGGCUAUAUAAAAGGGGAGAGGAGUUGGCAAACAAAACGGAGGAAAUUAAAAAAUUGAUGGUAAAGGGAGAGAAACUUGAAAAUGUUGAAGUCACCCGUAGUCUUCCAGAUGUUGAGCGUUAUUCUUCUCAAUCUUACAUUUCUUUUAAAACUAGGGAGUCGAAAUACAAUGAGCUUUUGAAUGCACUAAAAGAUGACAGUUACUAUACAAUUGGAUUGCAUGGGAUGGGGGGCACAGGAAAAACUACCAUGGCAAAAGAAGUGGGCAAACAACUUAAGACUUCAAUGCAAUUUAAUCGUGUCAUCUUUACUACAGUGUCCAGUACUCCUAAUAUAAAAAAGAUUCAAGAUGAUAUUGCUGGACACUUGGAAUUGGAAUGGAGGGACACCAAUGAGUCAACCCGGCCUACACAGCUAUGGGACAGACUCAUCAAUGGUGAGAAAAUUCUUGUGAUAUUGGAUGAUGUUUGGGAUUAUCUCAAUUUUGAAGACAUAGGGAUUCCAAAUAGUGAUAAUCACAAAGGAUGCAAAGUUCUUGUAACCACACGAUAUUUGAAGGUAUGCAACAAAAUGUCAUGUGCAACAACAAUUCAAAUAGAGCUCUUAUCUGAAGAAGAGGCAUGGGAAAUGUUCAAAAGGCAUGCUGAGCUAAGUAAUAUUUCCUCCAAAAAUAUUCUUGACCAGGGAUCCAAAAUUGCACUUGAAUGCAAAGGAUUACCAAUUGCAAUUGCUACUAUCGCCAGAAGUUUGAAGGGAGAAAAACGUCAAGAAAAUUGGGAUGCUGCCUUAAACUCCUUACAAAAUCCUAUGCUCAUGGCCGGUGUUGAUGACACUAAGGUUGACAUUUAUAAAUGUUUGAAGUUUAGCUAUGAUAAUUUGAAGGAUAAAGAAGCCAAGGAAUUGUUCCUCUUAUGUUCUAUAUUCCAAGAAGAUGAAGAAAUCUCUACUGAAAUUCUAACCAGACUUGGCAUAGGAAUCGGGCUCUUUGGGGAAGAUUAUAAAAAAUACAACCAUGCUCGAACUCUUGUAGUUGUAGCAAAAGAUAAUCUCCUUGAUUCAUGUCUACUGUUGAGUACAAAUAAAAGAGAUGUAAAAAUGCAUGACUUGAUUCGUGAAGUAGCCCAAUGGAUUGCAAAUAAAGAGAUACUAGCAGUAGAUUUUUCUAACAAAACUCAAAAGUCAUUAGUUGGAAGGGAUAACAAUAUCAAAUAUUUGUUAUUUGAGGGAAAUCCAAUGGAUUUGUGUUCCUCUGGGUUUGAUGGUUCUAAACUUAAGAUUCUGAUUUUCAUUGUGGACAAUGGUUGCUUUGUUGAUUCAUUCUUUAAAAGUAUUGCAGGGCUUCUAGUUUUGAAUUUAAGAGCAGGUAAACAAAGUACUAUAUCAUUACCACAAUCAAUUCGGUCAUUGACGAAUAUUCAUUCUCUAUUAAUUGAAAGUGUCUAUUUGGGUGACAUAUCUGUUUUGGGAAGCCUGCAAAGUCUUGAGACACUUGAUUUGAAUCAAUGUAUAAUUGAAGAACUUCCACAAGAAAUUGCUAAAUUGAAGAAACUUCGAUUGUUGAACUUGGAAAUGUGUGAAAUUAUAGAUAAGAAUCCAUUUGAAGUUAUCCAAAGAUGCCCAUCACUUGAGGAAUUGUACUUCUUGAAUAGUUUCAAUGAUUCUUGUCAAGAAAUAACCUUACCUGCAUUGGAAAGGUAUCAACUCAUUGAUGAUAUUGGUGAAAUGUACGAUUUUUCACUUUCAAAAUGUGUUUCUCUUCAAUAUGAUUGUUUGUCAGAAGCUACAGUUAAGCAUGUGAUUCCAACAGCAGAGAUUCUUAGAUUGGAAGGAACUAAGAAGGGGUGGAGAAAUCUCAUGCCGGAAAUUUACCAAAUGUGUUUUCCAAUUUAA